CAUCGCCCUUCGUGGUGUUCUAGUUUUGGAAAAUGCAGUUUUGGAAUUGUCAGGAGGUGUUGGCUUGAGGCUUGGCGAACAUGACGCCAGCCUUUCUAACGGGGGUCUCGUUCCUCUCGGCUCUUCUUCCUGGCUCCCUCUGGCAUUAUCUUUCUUCUUGUCCUUUUAUCUUACGGCUUCGCUUGAUCACUGCCUGUUGGAUCAUACUCUCGCGUUCAUAGCUCUUUUCACCACACACCAACUUCUCUACCCCGGGGUCAAUUUGACGCUAUCAACUUGAUAAUGACAGUUUCUCAGACCUUGGAAAACGGACAGCCGCCUUGUAAUGAGCAAAUUCAGGCCCCAGAGUCCUGUGUUGCUUGCCAACUCACAAACAAGAAAGUCUGGACUUGCGUCCAAUGUGGGCAUUAUACCUUUUGCGAUGACUACUGGGACAAAGAGCGCCCUCAUGGUCCUGGUGCUAGGGGUUUCAACAACCGUCCACACGAAAAGGUUGACCCGGCAUUUGUUGAACGUCUUGAACGUAUCUUCGGCGAAGGGAGGAGUAAGGAAGACCAAGCAGAAUUAUUCGAUACUGAUGCGGAAACCAUGUGGUUUGGUGUGAACAAGAGCAGCGAUGAAUCGUUUCUCGACUAUUCAGACCGCUUGAUUGCUAUAAUGUUGGAAAGUGAUGGGUUCAGCACGUCAGAUCGUUAUCCGCAGUUGAUCUCCUUUGUUGGCAAAACAGGUAAGGGUAAGAGCACAGUCAUCGGCCGCGAGCAAGCGAGUAUUGUGGGCACCAAAUCCUUUCCUGCGCCCGUGAACGGUCUAACCGACGACCUCAUAUCGACUUCUGGAGACGUCCACCUUUAUGUCGACCCAGCUACUCAUCAUGAGAAACACCCCGUCUUACUUGCCGACUGCGAAGGCCUGGGUGGCGGCCAAAGUGUACCAAGAGCCAAGGAACAUCAGAGCAGUAGAAAGCGAAAGAUCGGGUGGGCCAAAGACUCCAGAACCUCCUCCAGGGUGUAUGCUGUGAAGUGUUUGUUUCCUCGAAUACUUUACACAUUCUCGGACGUCAUUGUGUUUGUGGUUCAGGAACCUAGGAGGACAUUUCAAUCAGAUGUUCUGGUGAACUUGGUGGAAUGGGCGUAUUCCUCUAUCGAGAAAGCUGUUAAUCAACCAGUUCUACCUCAUCUCAUCAUUACACUAAACCGAACCGACAAUGCCAUCAAUGAGGAGCAAUGGGACCUUCGCACCGCUACAGAUAUGCUACUAGCGGCUCAACAAGAUAUCACGCAGGUUCCCGAACUUAUCAGAAUUGUUCAGGGGCUAAAGCUCAGCGGCCACAGUGUGAAGUCCGCAAAAGAGCUUCUCGAAUGCUUUUACCAGUCCAUUACAGUUGUUCGACGAUAUAUGCAGAUCGAUGAACAAAUCGGUAAACUCUACAAUACAAUUAGAGACAGGGCCACGAGUUCGCACACAGAGAAGAGGUCCAUACGUAUGGCGCUUAAUGCGGAAAAGCUCCACCAAUUCAUGAACGCCGCAUACGAUUACUUUUCAGAGAACCUCGAUAAGCCGUUCGACUUUGUCAAGGAGGCCUUACACCUUGACCCCAUGCCUCACGACUUUCAGGGCCAUAUGCUACACCUUGUACUCGCCGUUCGCAACGGAAUGAGUGGUAUGGGAUAUCCCAACACCGAGCGCCAGCUCCUGGAGAAGGUGAAGUCCCUGCUCGCAUCCUAUAUUGCAGGGACAAUCAAGGACCUCUUGAAUAACACGUUUCGCAAACCAGCGAGAAUGGCUUUUGAAGAGCUCUGUGACAAAUGGCUACCUUGUGGCUUUGAAAGCAACGGUUAUACGUGUUGCAACGUCCGAUUUGCCCAUGUUAAGGGUCACCAGGCCUCGAAUGGCAAAAUAUUUCAGAAGGGGCCAUAUCAACCAAGCAUCACUGACGACCAGUUCGAGGGGUGGUUUAAUGGAAUCGGUGCAGAGCUGAAGAAGAUGAUGGAAGAGCUCCCACGUGCCGGAAGCGAAAAGGACAAUGCUUGGGGUAAGCAUCUUCAGCGCUUGGAGCGGUUUUAUGACGACAACUCAAAGCUCUCCCACUCGGAAAAUGUCAGCCACGGGACUUGUUUUUGCUGCAUCAACAACGUUCCAGAGCAUGUCUUGCCUUGCGGGCAUAUUUUGUGCACCGAGUGUGUUAGCGCCCUUGGUGAUCAUAAAGAACGGGACAUCAUGCUCGUCAGAUAUUGCCUUCGCCGCCACACGCAUAAUUGGGACAGGGAUCCAGUUCAGAUUAGGUUCAAGCCAGAGGGUGCUGGAAAACGUGCUUUAAGUGGUGUACGGGGUCUUGUUGAGUUGAUCAUGCUGGAGGAAUUACAGAAACUCCUCAACAACAUCCCCGUGCAAAACUUUUUUGAUCUGAUUGUGGGUACCAGCACCGGAGGAAUCGUUUCUCUCGGCCUGGGCGUAAAAGAUCUUCCUGUAUCAGAGUGCAUACGCGAUUUCAAGGACCUCUGUGGGAAGGCGUUCACCCCCCGAAGACUGAAAAAGCUGUGA